AGGCAGGGUGAGAGUUUGGGGCAGUCACAAUGGCUGCAAAAGAAGUCAAGAGCAGCGAGUGUUUUCUGUAAUUGUGUUGCUAUGAAGCUUACUCUGACAUAGCUGCAGGGAUGCAUAUACCUCUGCUGAUUUUUCUCAGUGCUGUUGUGCUUCGGUGUGCAUCAGCUGGAGGUUCAUAUUGUGCUAAAACAGCAAGAGCACGUGCAGCUGCUUUGGGAUUGGAUUAUCCUGGCACCCAUGGAGCCCCUGAUUUCUCCGGACCGCCUCACAAUGAGAUGCACCCUCUCACAAUAGCUCAAAGUUACCUAAACAAUGUUGGGGAAAUGGCUGAGACUGAUCCUAACAUGGCCUCCUACGGACAAAAUCAACCAGGAUUUAGACCCCUAGAUGAGAGAAUGCGUACGCAAUCACAACCCAGGAGGUUUGAACCUACUUUUCUACCAAGCCAUGGCAUUUAUAAUCCAGAAUACACCCCCAACCAAGGGCUUAGCUUCCCCAGAGGACGGUCAGUUAUUAACCACCACUCUGAUUUUGAGCGGGUCAAGCAUGUUGCCCCUAGAGCCCCAGGCCGGCCUGACCUUGUGCAAUUGAAUCCCCAUAGUCACAACAAGCCACCCACGUUUGUCCAAAAUGAGCAUGACCUUGUCGUUGAUGAGUCUGUCCCAAAUAGACGUGGCGUGUCUCUGAGUGGGCCCCCCCUGCUUCAAAGCAGGGGUCGUGCCACUAACCAGAGGGGUUAUGGCCUGAGAAGAGGAGCCCCCAUGCUUGGGUCAGCUGGAUUCGCAAACAAAGAGCACGGCAGAGAGAUGAGUAGCCAAGGCCCUGUUGGCAGGAAGCUGAAAAGGAAGAGGUUUCCUGGCCGUUUAUCUCAACCCCUGAACAGAAGAAUUAAACAAAGAGGCAAACAGCUUUUGCGAGGUUAACAUUUUCAGGGAUGACUUAUAGAACCAAAAGAAGGUCAAGUUUGAAAAGUGACUGUACUGAAGAAUCUGACGCAGAGAGGCUGCCUUGUCAAAUAUAGUCCAUGUAAGGGGCUCUGGUGAGCAUUUCCUGCAGGAUUUCAUUUCUAUUUGUCUGAUUUUCCUCAACUUUUACCAAAAGAGGGCAAUUUCAAACUUACGUGCUUAAGCUCCUGCAUUGCUACUUCCUCAUCUAUAUCUGUAAAACAACCAAAGCAUACAAUAAACAUGAAAUUAUAGUCACUCUA